UGCCGUAAAUGCGCAUAUUAUUACAAAGGAGUACCGUAUCAACGUUACAGAUUGAAAGUUCUUAAAAUUCUGCCGAUCUUCUGAAUUUUUUUUGAAGUUGUCUCUAUUGUGUUACGCUGGUGCAUUGUGGUUAAGUUCGACAGCUGGCCGAAGGGGCGAUGUCCAGAACUCGUGGAAAUGCCAGUAUAUGCCUGAAGCUUCGCUAAUCGCAUAACUGCACCUAAUACUUUACCACCCUCGACACCUUUAUCCUUGCAGCAGAAUGCUAUUUCGCUACCGUGUCCUUGUGAGAAUGGCCCCCUGUUAAGCUAUGUUGAUAUUCAAUCGCUUUCUUUUCGGUUUCCGUGAUGACCUAAUACGUUGACAAGCCGUCUUCGCAUUUGUUUUCUUUUUUCUCGCAAUGCUGAGCCUAGUCGAGGGGCUUACAUCACACUGCCACACCUCAACGAGUCACAAGACGGUGUUACUGCUUUCUCUUUCUUUUCUCGUAGGUUGGCUCGUGGACAGCAGCGGCCGCUUCCGCGCCUGGUGGGCGGAGAGCGCGCGCAGCGUCUACGACAAGCGCACUUUCUGCCUCGUCAAGCAGUACGCCGAGCACAGCUGGCUGCCGAUGAACACGACUGCUUCGCUACAUGAAAACGUCUUGGACAACGUCGCUGUUCAAGUCGUGCACACAGUCUACACGAGCAUCCUCAAGCACAAUCGACCUCCAUUCGUGGGACGCGAGGCACAGUGGCAUUUUGGCGACAACAACAUGACCGCUGAGCAACUUUUCUUCUACGCUUACGCAUCGAAUAUGUGCUCGGCGCUCAGCUCGAGAGCAGACUACGAGCGCAGAAUGCGAGGACCCAUCGCGCCUGCCAGCUUUAGGGUGAACAUACCACUGCAGAACCUGCGUGCAUUCGCCGAGGCCUUCGAAUGCGAUGACAAGGCCAAGAUGAACCCGGAGAGAAGGUGCAUCAUCUGGUGACUGGUGGGGCUCAUUGUGGCACGCGCCUCAAUUUAUGACGCCGAGAGCCACCGUUAUAAGCUCGGGGCGUUUGCUGUUCCGAACAGUGUGCUUUUUACUUGUGACUUUAAUCUAACGAAAACAACAAUAAAAUACCUUAUGUCCUCAACCGUUUUCCUGCGGACUGCGUGGAAGUAGGGUUCACCAGGAUUGAAGCUAGCCCAGUGGGCCGUUUUUGUGCAGCAGCGGUGAUCUGAGAAACGGCGCAUGCAAAAAAAAAAAAUCACGGCAGAGCUCAUCUCACCACAAUUGUCGACGAUAAUGCGAAUAGCAUUCGAGCGAUGCAGCGACAGACCACAUCCCUGAAAUGACGGUAUUUAACACGUUUAGUGAUAAUUCUGAGACUUUCGUUGCUUCGGCUACAUGCCCCAUACUCUGAUAUCGUCCCAAUCUGCUACGGGACUCGCUUUCCAAGGUCUCCCAUACCCGUGAGCUUAGCGUCAUGACGUCGAGUGUAUGGCACUGAUGCAGUAACGAAGGAAUGACGAAUGAAUUAUAUUGAUCCGACAACAACGACGGUAUAAAGACGGCUGCAUGACGGCAAUGAGAGGUCUUUCCUUAAAUUAUGGGGAUGGUGUGACGACAACUGCGUGAGACAGCGAAAUGAGGACAAUCUAAAGACUACGACUGCAUG